GAGAGAUAGUUAAAAGUGAAGAUGUAGGGAGGGAGAUUGGUAGAUGGCAGUGAUCCAGUAAGAUCUCGUGCGGUCACGGCGGCGAUAAGACCGGGACUCAAAGCCCUACUCUCACUGGUUCAAACUCGGCCACCCCUUCUCUUCUCCUUCUCCCCUUCUAUUUAUUCUUCCUUCUUUCUCCAAACCCACGGGGUCUUCGGAGGGGGCUUAAUUUUUCAAACCACCCAUUACCCAAUCCAACAGAUUUCACUCAGAUUCACACAAACUCCCUUCUUCUUCUAUCUCUUCCGUGCUUCUCCGGAUUCUUCACUCCUUCGUUUAUUCUUCUACUACUCAGCUCAGCUCAGCUCAGCUCAGCUCACUCACGAUGGAUAGGUACCAGAGAGUGGAGAAGCCCAAAUCAGAAAACACUCCCAUAAACGAGAAUGAAAUUCGCAUUACUACUCAAGGAAGGAUGAGGAAUUACAUUACUUAUGCCACCACUCUUCUCCAGGAGAAGGGUUCAAACGAGAUUGUUGUCAAGGGGAUGGGAAGAGCUAUCAAUAAGACUGUAAUGAUAGCUGAACUAAUUAAGAGAAGGAUUGCUGGUCUCCAUCAGAAUACUGCUAUUGGAUCCACAGAUAUAACUGAUAUGUGGGAGCCACUCGAAGAAGGCCUUCUUCCUCUUGAGACUACAAGACAUGUUUCAAUGGUGUCAAUUACCUUGUCCAAGAAGGAGCUCGAUACAUCUUCGACAGGAUACCAAUCCCCUCUUCCUGUUGACCAAGUGAAACCAUGGAAUGAGUUUGAAGAUGAAGGAGAGGGAUCACCUAGAGUACGAGGUAGGGGACGUGGUAGAGGAAGAGGCAGGGGUAGAGGGAACUACAAUGGUACAUCUGAGUAUCAGGGAGAUGGUUGGGAUGGAGGGCGAGGUUUCGGCCCUAGAGGAGGUAGAGGACGUGGAAGAGGACUUGCAUUCCGUGGCAGGGGACGUGGUUUUGGUCGCCAGUCAGGUGGAUAUUAUGAUUAUGGAGAACCUAUGACUCCAACAGUCCCAGGUUUUGUAGGUCGUGGACGUGGGCGGGGGAGGGCUCGUGGUCGUGGUGGUUAUUAUCGAUCAGAUGGUCCGGUGCAAGCAGCUGCUGCUUGAGAGGCAAAUGGUUACAUUUUUUCCGAUGGCCUCGAAAAUUUCAUAGUUAUGUGUGUUUUGCUUUUCUUGUUUAUGAUUCGUUCUGUAGUGUUCGAGGUAGGAAGAUUUGCAUAGAGCUUCUAAUUAACUUCUCGCAAAAAAAUGGGUGUAAAUUAUAUCUUGUUUUUUUCUUAUAUUCUAUUUUCAUUAGGACUUAGUGUGUAGCAGCAACCAGUACAUUCUUUCAUUCUUAUAUGCCUUUGCAUGCUCUAAUCUACUACUGAUCUUCAUUUUUUCAUCCAA